GACUUUCAAGCUCAGAGGACUCCAAAUUGUGGUAGCUCCUGUGUUUUCCUUUUGGGGUGGGUGUGUUUUGUUUGGGGCUUUUAAUUUUUUUCCCUUCAGUCCAAAAAUGGAUUGAAAGUACUGGGCGGGCUGGCUCCAAUCCCUGAUUGGGGGGGGGGGGGAUGUUUCAUUGUAGGACACGAGAGGCUUAAGUAUGGCAAGGCUUUCAUAUCGUGAUUUAUUUGUCAUAAGCAAAUAAAAUGCGGUUAAGCUGUCUCUUUCUAGACAGACGACUCUUUGCUUAUUAAGGUUCGGAGGGAGGAUUCUGCGAGGCCGGCCUCUUUCCUCCCGCCUAAGAAGGUAUCGUUUUCCUCUGAGGUGUUUAAAGCUUUAAUGAGUCUAAUUUUUUGCACAGAUGUUUCUGGGUGUUUGCAGGUUUUCAGAGUAUUUUUAUAUUACAAAGGAGCUAGCCGGUGCCAUAGCUCAAACUCUGACAAGCAAAUAGAUAAUCAAGAAGACAAAUGGCCUCUUUUGUGAAGCCCUGCUCCUGUAUUAAUUUUCAUUUUCUUUCUCAUAGAAAGUAUCGAAAGUAUGACUGGGGACCAAAUAGCUUUCUGUCUCUGAGGUCCCAGUCACCCCUAGAAUGGAGUGGGGGAAGGGGAUGGGGGUGUCGAUGACCCUCACAAGCUUUGGGGCAGCACCCAAGAGAAGUGCUAAGGUCUGAGGGCUCCAGGCUGGGGAGGGCGGCGGGUUUCUCUGGUCUUGCGGCAGCCGGGAUACUGCCACCCGCCUCCAAAAAGCUUGGGACUCAAAAGAGCAUCCGCAAUUAAAAGUCGUUUUUUCGGUCGGUCCUGUCUCCCUCCAGAAAAUAAACAUAGCUGAUUCUACCAGCGCGUUUUAUUGUUAUUUCUUUUGUAUUCCUCCGGUUUGCAGCGCCCGGGAGUUUGAGGCUGGGUAGGGCCCAGGACACAGGGGCCCCUGUCCACAGCGCGGGAAAGGGCCAUAGAACGGCCCGUGGAAAUGCUUCUGGAAGCCUCAUAAAAAAAAUUGCCCAGACCUGGAGGCUCAGAGCGGCGAGCUUUGUUUUGGUGGAAUCGCGGUGUGAUGUUUAAGCUGCCCGGGGAUGCGGCGGCCCUUAGUGGAGGGAGAAAAUAGUUCUUAAAAAGCAUAUGCCCCCCCCAGGAAUGUCUCUAUAGAACCAAAUCAAAGCUGCUCCUUGGAAGCAAAUCUCCGCAGACCGGCUGUUGGGGGAAAAAAGUGUUAGCUGGCUCUCCCGGAUCUGCGAGGGGAAAAAAAUUUGGAACCAUAAAGUUGAAAACUUUUUUCUCUCAGUUUGGAAGCAGCCCUUCGUCAUGAAUGGGAUUCGCGGAAUUCGGGCCAGAGGAGGCGAGAGGCGCAAAGGAGGGGAGAUUUCUCGCCUGCCGCUCGCGCUGGGGCUCGAUGUGAAUAUAUAUUAUGUCUGCCUGUUCUCCCCUCGUCGGUGGCUAAGGUCAGCCGCUCCCAACGGACUCGGGAGGAGGGGGGCAAAAAGGGGAGGGGGGGUCCGGCGCCUCACGUGACCCCCGCGGGUGCCAAUGUCCGGUCGUGAGGGUAUCAGGCUCUUGCAAGUUGCCACCCACUGCCCGGGCCUCGCCCAGCGAUGCAGAAAGCCACCUACUACGACAACGCCGCGGCAGCACUCUUCGGAGGCUAUUCCUCGUACCCUGGCAGCAAUGGCUUCGGCUACGACGGUCCCCCCCAACCCCCCUUUCAGGCCGCCACGCACCUGGAGGGCGACUACCAGCGCUCAGCGUGCUCGCUGCAGUCCCUGGGCAACGCCGCCCCGCAUGCCAAGAGCAAGGAGCUCAACGGCAGCUGCAUGAGGCCCGGCCUGGCCCCCGAGCCCCUGCCCGCCCCGCCCGGCUCACCCCCGCCCAGCGCCGCACCUACCAGUACCACUAGCAACAGCAGUAAUGGGGGCGGGCCCAGCAAAAGCGGCACCCCCAAGUGCGUUCCCGGCUCCAACUCCACCCUCACCAAACAGAUAUUCCCCUGGAUGAAAGAGUCAAGGCAAACGUCCAAGCUGAAAAACGGCUCCCCCAGCACAGCGGAGGGCUGCGGCGGCGGCGGCGGCGGCAGCAGUGGCGGCGGCGGGGGCGGCGGCGGCGGCGGCGGGGGAGGGGACAAGAGCCCCCCGGGGUCGGCGGCGUCCAAGCGCGCGCGGACGGCGUACACGAGCGCGCAGCUGGUGGAGCUGGAGAAGGAGUUCCACUUCAACCGCUACCUGUGCCGGCCGCGCCGCGUGGAGAUGGCCAACCUGCUGAACCUCAGCGAGCGGCAGAUCAAGAUCUGGUUCCAGAACCGGCGCAUGAAGUACAAGAAGGACCAGAAGGCCAAGGGCCUGGCCUCGUCGUCCGGGGGCCCCUCCCCCGCCGGCAGCCCCCCGCAGCCCAUGCAGUCCACGGCCGGCUUCAUGAACGCCUUACACUCCAUGACCCCCAGCUACGAGAGCCCGUCCCCACCCGCCUUCGGCAAAGCCCACCAGAAUGCCUACGCGCUGCCCUCCAACUACCAGCCCCCUCUCAAAGGCUGCGGCGCCCCGCAGAAGUACCCCCCGACCCCGGCGCCGGAUUACGAGCCUCAUGUCCUCCAAGCCAAUGGGGGCGCCUACGGGACGCCCACCAUGCAGGGCAGCCCGGUGUACGUGGGCGGGGGCGGCUACGCGGAUCCGCUGCCGCCCCCUGCCGGCCCCUCCCUCUACGGCCUCAACCACCUUUCCCACCACCCCUCGGGGAACCUGGACUACAAUGGGGCGCCCCCUAUGGCCCCCAACCAGCACCACGGACCCUGCGACCCCCACCCUACCUACACAGACCUCUCCUCUCACCAUGCGCCUCCUCCUCAGGGUAGAAUCCAAGAAGCGCCCAAAUUAACACACCUGUGAUGGGAGAGGGAGGGCGGAGGGGAGAGGCCAUGGGGUAAAUGACAGCCAGAAUGGGCGCCGGGCCGCCGGGCUCCGGGAGGGCAGCCUGGAGGUCUGACGGAGAAAGCCAGGAGGUGAUAGCCACGCUUCCUGGGAAGGCCAGGCCUGCAGCUCCUUUCCCUUCCCCUGGCCUGAGAAGUUACAUUUUAAGGUUUUCCAGUCCCUGUUCCAUCUGCCUGCCAACCCGUCGGAGAGCACUCCACAGCGGGUUGUGGAGAUGAGAUGACCCCAUCAACCCUAGGCCUCCAGCAAUACCCAGUUGGGAUUCUACGCUCCGAGUGGGGUGGAGGAAGAGGAGAUAGGGAAGCAAGGUAGAGAAGCACAUUAAAACAAACAAAAACAGACAAGAUGGCUAGGCCAUCACCAACCAACCAACUUACCUUCCAUCUCGGUGGUUAAUUUCUCCAAAUCUUGAUUUUUUUCCCCCUUCCAAUUCUCCUUUUAAAAAACAAAAGAAAGCUCAUUUCAAAACCAAGGGCACAAAGCACGCUCCCCUCCCACUUCCAUGAAGCCUCAAGUUUCUUCCCAACUAUUUGAGGUUUAUUGGGUAUUCCCUCCAUUUUUAGCCCCAUAGUUUCUGCUUUAGGACAUUAAUAUCGCUACCCCGCCCCCAUCUAUUACAGUUUUCAGAGGGCUCAGGGAUGGUGAGAGAUCCUGAAAGUCGGAGCUGUCUAUAUUAUAAAUAUAUAUUUUUUUCUUUUAUGGAAACUGGGAGGUCAGAGCAGGCAAGGUGUCAGGACUAAAGGUUUGCCCAUUCUGCGGCCUCCCAUCUCAGCUCCAGGACCAUCCCCCUCUCUCCACAGAAAGCAAUCGGCGACACGAGGUUCUACACUUUUCUUUUCUUCUGUUGCUCUCUUGACUUAACGUGAAAACAGGGUAUAUUUUAACAAACUGUCUGUCCCAGGCAGGGGCUGCAGCUGGGCCUGUAUGCCUUGCCCAACCCCCUGACAGGACACUUUUGUUGCACUUAGAGUUUACAUUUUAAUGGAUAUAAAAACAACUGUGAGAGAUGCCUGGGCCUGCAGGAAUCCAGCAUCGCUCAAAAAGUGUGUUCUAGUGAACAUUUUCAUAUAUAUUUAUUGGUUAUAGCUUGUUAAAAUAUUUUCUUUUUUGUAUUAUUUAUCCCCCCUACAUUAUGUAUUUAUAUGAGGGAAAAAAUGAAAAACUGUACUUUUUUAGUAUUUACUUGUUAUAAAGGACAUUGUGUUUCCUGUCAUGUAAAACCAGCUAUUUUAGUUAUUGUACUCUAGAAAAGAGCUGUAGAUUUAUGUUAAACUCGUACUUAUGAGCAAUUGUAAUUAGUUCUAAAAGGCAUGAACUCAGCUCCUAUUGUCACUGUAUAGUCCUGAAUUUGUAGAAUUAGAGUUAAUUCCCUCUUGGAACUUUCUUUGUUCUUCUGUAGUUACUUUUUUCCUCACUUGAAAGGGUUGUCUGUCAAACAAUUCUCGAAUAAACUUUCUGUUAACAAUUUUA